AUGAGCGCGGCUUUGCCCUCGAUCCAGAUCCCCGUCGACUACGCGCAGCUCCAGACCAGCGUCGAGGACUUUCUCCUGCACUUCAAGACCGACGAUGCCGCUGCAGGCGCCGUCGUGGACCAAGACGGCGACCUCGCGGCCAUGGGCGUCGGCCAAGGCCCCAAGUACAUGGCGCUUCUCCAGCAGGUCGCCAACCGUGAGAUCCAGACGCUUUUCAUCGAGCUCGAUGACUUGCUGCGCUACGAGGACGGCAAGGCGCUCGCCGGCGACGCCGCUGACGCCGCCGCCCCUAACCUCGUCCACACAGUCAUCCGCAACACGCACCACUUCGUCGAGCUUUUCUCGCGCGCCGUCGACAAGCUGCUGCCCGCGCCCACCCGCGAGCUUAACUACAAGGACGACGUCCUGGACGUGAUCCUGUACCAGCGGAAGCUCAGAAACGAUCGUCUGCUUUCGGAGCGGCGUACCGAGCUCGCAGCCGAGGCAGGCGAGCCCGGCGACGACGAAGUCAUGCGUGAAAUCGCCGAACAAGAAGCGGAGCUGUUUCCACCCAAGCUUACGCGCAGGUACACGCUGUAUUUCAAGCCGCUGACCGGCGCUUACUCCAGCAAGUCGCUCGCGCCGCUUUCCGUGCGUGAGAUCAAAGGUGACCGUCUUGGCCAGCUGAUCACCGUGCGUGGUAUCAUCACGCGUGUAUCGGAUGUCAAGCCCGCGGUCAUGGUCAACGCCUACACUUGCGACCAAUGCGGUUACGAAGUGUUCCAGGAGGUCAAUUCCCGUACUUUCACGCCUUUGGUCGAGUGUACCUCGGAGCAGUGUUCGCAGAACCAAACCAAAGGCCAGUUGUUCAUGAGUACGCGUGCUUCCAAGUUCAACGCGUUCCAAGAAUGUAAAAUCCAAGAACUUUCUCACCAGGUGCCCAUUGGUCACAUCCCCAGAACUUUGACCAUCCACAUCAAUGGUACGCUCGUGCGAUCUCUGACGCCCGGUGACGUCGUGGAUGUCUCCGGUAUCUACAUGCCGGCCCCGUACACAGGUUUCAAAGCGCUCCGUGCUGGUUUGCUCACAGAGACCUACCUGGAGGCACAAUACGUGGUGCAACACAAGAAGAAAUUCGCUACGUUUGAGAUCACGCCCGAGGUAGAGGCUCGUGUCAUGGAGAUUGCUUCUCAAGGCGAUGUCUACAAUAGGCUCGCCAAAUCUAUUGCUCCUGAAAUUUACGGUAAUCUAGAUGUGAAGAAGGCACUACUAUUACUACUAGUAAGCGGUGUCGACAAGCAAAUAGGUGAUGGUAUGAAGAUCAGAGGUGACAUCAACAUUUGUCUCAUGGGUGAUCCCGGUGUUGCCAAAUCUCAAUUGCUAAAAUCCAUCUGUACCAUAUCUCCAAGAGGUGUUUACACUACUGGUAAGGGUUCCUCUGGUGUUGGUCUAACUGCGGCGGUAAUGAAAGACCCCGUUACAGAUGAAAUGGUUCUAGAAGGAGGUGCUUUAGUUCUUUCUGAUAACGGUAUCUGUUGUAUUGAUGAAUUUGACAAAAUGGAUGAAAGUGACAGAACUGCUAUCCAUGAGGUUAUGGAACAACAAACCAUUUCUAUAUCGAAAGCCGGUAUCAACACGACUUUGAAUGCUCGUACCUCCAUUCUUGCUGCUGCUAACCCAUUGUAUGGUAGAUAUAAUCCAAGACUUUCCCCGUUGGAAAAUAUUAACUUGCCAGCCGCACUGCUAUCCAGAUUUGACAUUCUGUUUUUAUUGCUCGAUAUGCCAAACAGAGAGGACGAUGAAAAACUAGCAGAACAUGUUGCGUAUGUCCAUAUGCACAAUAAACAACCUGAUCUGGGCUUUACACCUUUCGAACCUUCGCAAAUGAGGGAAUUUAUUGCUUAUGCAAAGAGCAAAAGGCCCACAAUGAGCCCUGAGGUUAAUGAAUACGUUGUACAGUCAUAUAUCCGCAUGAGACAAGAUUCAAAAAAGGCUAUGGAUUCCCGAUUUUCUUUUGGUCAGGCAACUCCAAGAACUCUUUUGGCCAUUAUAAGAUUAUCGCAAGCAUUGGCGAAAUUGAGAUUCAGUGAUAUAGUCGAGGUCGAGGACAUCGAGGAAGCUCUCAGAUUGAUUCAAGUUUCCAAAGAGUCUCUAUACCAGGAGAGUAACAAAAAAUCGGAGGAUGAAAACCCUACAACUAAAAUUUACAAUAUUAUAAAGAAUUUGUCGAAGACCGGGUCUCAAUAUCAACGUAGUCUGCCCUUUGAUCACAUUGUUAAAUCGGUUAGAUCCAGAGGCUUCACAAUGUUGCAGCUGAAUAACUGUAUCGAAGAAUAUGCUUACCUGGGCGUUUGGAACUUAGUCAACGAAGGUUCAACUUUACAUUUCUUAAACCAAGACCCUAGUGAAGAGAUGGAAAGUUCCACGCCUCCUGGGACGCCUGGUCCUGUAUCUGAAGGAAGCGUCGUUACAGAAGAUACGCAAAUGGAUGAUGCUUAA